GGUGCAGGGUCCCCCCGUGCUGGGGCUGGCUCUGCCCGGCCCAGGGGCUGCGCUGUCAGCCCGGAGCCGCGUGGGGAUCGCUCGCUACCGGCAGGGCUGGCAGGGAAACCGGCAAUGGGGGGAGCACAGACGGGCAAUACGAGAGCUGGGCUGUUCCAGAAGCCUGGAGGUGUUGGGAGCAUGGACAGGGGGCACCCAUGGAUACCCCGGGACCCUGAAACAGGGACCCCGGACAGUGCUGACCCCUGGGACGCCUGUGAUGCCAAAGUGGUGAGCCCAGAGAAGGGGAACCUGUGGCAUUGCCAGGAGCCCCAGCAGCCCAGAGAGGGGGAGCACCAAUGCAAACUUGACCCGCAGCAACCCAGACAGGGUGGGGGUCUCCAGGAGCCCAAAGUGGAGAGGCCAGAAAGGGGAAACUCAGGGUUUGGGUUUUGCUGAAUCUUGGUUUUUAAUAUAUUUUGGGGGUCUAAAUCUUGCUGUUUUCGAGGCUUUAAUGGUUACCAGAUGACCGGUGACUUUUAGAGAUGGACUUGGGCAGUAGGACUCCCCUGACCCAAUGUGCCCAUACAUUGUUUUCCCCAAUCCAGGACUUCUUAUUCCCAAAGCUUGGCUGGAUGGAGAGGGAGGCUGCAAGAAAGAGGAAGAUUCCCCGGGUCACCCAGGCAGACAAGGAGCUGAGGAUGGAGAGCAGGGAGGACAAAUCCCCACGGCAGAACCUCAUGGAAGAGACCAUUUUGAGCAACUCCAGGGCACAGGAAUCCAACGGGGAGGAAAAGCCCUGGAGAUCCCACAGGAGGAGGGGCUGCAAACCCAGCCCAGGGUGCUCCGAGGAGAAAAGACCCACCCUGUGCCAGGAAGGUGGACAGAGCUCCAGCCAGAGCUCAGAGCUGGAAGUCCAUGAGCAGGUUCACCAUGGGGAGAAGCCCUACAAGUGCUUGGAGUGUGGGAAGAGCUUCAGGCAGAGCAACACCCUGAUCUGCCACCAGAUGAUCCACACUGGGGAAUGGCCCUACGAGUGUGGGGAGUGUGGGAAGGGCUUCAGCUGCAGCUCCAAACUUGUCAUCCACCAGCGCAUCCACACUGGGGAGAGGCCCUACAAGUGUCCCCAGUGUGGGAAGAGCUUUACCCGGAGCUCUGCCUUGACCAAACACCAACGGAGGCACCAGUGAGGGAAGCCCUGCGAGUGCCCCAACUGCAGGAGGAGCUUUGUGCACCGCUCCAGCUUCAUCCCCCAUUGAAGAACCCACAUUGGGAAGAGCCCUGGUGAUCCCUGUUCCCUGUGAUCCAUGCUGGGAAGACACCUGUACCUUCUCCUGCCCCUGCCAAUGACCUGAUGUGGGAUUGAAGAACAUGAGGGUCUGGCCAUGGCCCUGUCAUUACAUUCACAACUAUCUCAGGUCAUUGCCAGGGGCAGGAAAGGGACCCUCUCUCUCUCUCCCUGAGUAGAAGGGUGUCCUUUCACGGCAGGAGGAAAUACAUGGCCGGGAAGGGACAGUCACUGAUGUUGAAAUUUUCCCUGUAAAUAGUUUUUCUUAUCCCUUCUGUUGUCAGUAUUGUUUCUGUUCCUGUUUGUUCUUUAUCUCGUUGCUGUUCCCAGUAAAUUGUUCUUAUCCCA